AUGACAGAUUUAUGGGAUGUACAGAAAAGGUCAUGCUUAUUAACAUUUCAAUGUUCCGAAGAUCUGGAGGAUGUUUUUGAAUCAUGUCAUCAUAAAGUGAUUGGUGGGGAAACUAUCAAAGCGAUAAUUGGUGCACAGGCAACGCUUUACUAUGAAUCUUCUGGACCUGAUGAUAUACAAGAUACUCUGGGGAUAGAAAUUGUUAGAGUUGCCUCUGAAGUUGAUGAUGAUCAAAUACGUGGACAUUUCCCCAAAGAUACUUUAGUUGAGUAUCACUCUGUGCCUAAUAGCGAUUCGGAUACAAGAAAUGUAUUCAUUCGUUUCAAGAAACAAAUAUUCAAUUGGCCACUAAUCAUAACGCUUAAAAAUAAUGUAUUUAGUGGAACAUCUUUUCAAAUCCGACCUUGGGCAAGUUAUUCUCAAUUCUGUUGCUAA